AUGUUUUCUCGACUGAAAAAAAAAAAAAAAAAAAAAAAAAAGAAACGAAAAUCGUAUUUAUCAAACAAAACGCGUAUCAAAACAAUUAGACUGGACUGGACCCAAUCUUGCUCUUUUUUUACUACACCACAGGUUGUUCAAAUGAAUAUUCGACCCAAUGCUCCGUUUCGACCUCCUAGACCAAUUCAGAAAAAUGGGGAUGUUCCACUGGUAUCAACAGCGUCUCUGGUGGUAAAACGAAAAUUGCCAACUAUCUCAAAUCCUAAAGCUGCAAAGAUCUUAACACCAGAAGCUAAGAAUUUGAAACCAUCCGAAUCUAUAGAUUUUGGUUCAGAGAAAUACCUGAUUCAAUGGAGAAAAAGAACUACCAAGAAAAACAAAACUUGGGAUGGUGACGGUUAUGCAGUGAUUAAACAGCUUGAAAAUGGUACUUGGCAAAUGUCUAUUAAGAAUUCUGAUGGGAAACCUAUGUGUAAGAGAAUAUUUAACGCAACGCCUAAUCUUGAAGACAUAAUUAGCGUGGGUCCAUAUGAAUUAGAAUUGGACGAAAAAAUGGAGCUCCAAGAAUCUACCUCUCUGGUGCUUUCAAAGGCUGUUCCCAAAAGCAUCCCACCACCUAUAGUGUCUCGAAACAUCACCCACCAAUUCAAAAAAGUCGCUCCUCCAACACACACUGAACCAGCUAAUUUUCGGAAGCCGCUUUAUCAAGAUAGUCCAGAUGCUAUUGCGUUACCUCCUCCUCCAAAAUCAAAGGACUAUGUAACAGUGAAUGUGGACCCACAUUUGUCAAAAGUAUUACGUCCACAUCAGGUUGAAGGUGUAAGAUUCAUGUACGAGUGCCUAAUGGGUUACCGUGACUUUGAUGGAAAUGGAUGUUUGUUAGCGGAUGAAAUGGGGUUGGGCAAAACUUUGAUGACAAUCACAACAAUAUGGACUUUGCUUAAACAAAAUCCGUUUUUAGAUCAAAAAAAUGCUGUCGUGAAUAAAGUAUUGGUUGUUUGCCCUGUAACACUUAUAUCUAAUUGGAGGCAGGAAUUUAAAAAGUGGCUAGGGGCCAAUAAGCUAAACGUUUUGACUCUCAAUAACGCAAUGACAAAUGAGAAACGUGACAUUCUUAACUUUGGAAAGUUAAAUGUCUAUCAAGUGCUAGUGGUAAAUUAUGAAAAAAUUAUGGCUCAUUUUGAUGAAUUAUCAACAGUAAGCUUUGAUUUAUUAGUCUGCGAUGAAGGCCAUCGUUUGAAGAAUAGUGCAAACAAAGUAUUGAAUAAUCUUAUCAAGCUUAAUAUUCCCAAGAAAGUCGUUUUGACCGGUACACCGAUUCAAAACGAGUUGGUAGAAUUCCAUACUUUGAUUUCAUUUCUCAAUCCAAAGGUUCUUCCUGAGCUAAAAUUGUUUCAAAGAAACUUUAUAACACCCAUAUCUAGGGCUCGAGAUGUCAACUGUUUUGAUCCUGAAGUGAAGAAACGGGGCGAGGAAAUCUCACAGCAAUUGAUUAAAUUGACACAGAGUUUUAUUCUUAGGCGGACACAAUCGAUUUUAGCAAAUUACUUGACACAAAAAACCGACAUCUUGUUGUUUGUCCCUCCUACGUCCUCACAGCUAGAAUUGUUCAACUACAUAACGAAUUUGAAGAAAUUUAAUCAAUUCAAUAGCGGAUCUGACUCAUUCACAAUGAUCAAUUUGUUCAAAAAGAUUUGUAAUUCUCCUUCAUUAUUGGCAGACGAUGAGUUUUUUAAAAAAAUUGUUGAACAAAAGUUUAAUUUGGGUAUGUCCUCUGGUAAAUUAAAUAUUCUAGUGCCCUUGCUAUUAGAAAUUGUGUCUCUUAAAGAAAAAAUUGUGUUGAUUUCGAACUAUACCAAGACUUUAGAUUUGCUAGAAACAGUUUUGCGUAAGAUCAAUUUAACUUUUUCAAGAUUAGAUGGAUCAACUCCAAACAAUGUGCGUAGUAAAUUGGUUAAUCAGUUUAACACAAAUCCCGAUAUCAAUGUGUUUUUGUUGUCUUCUAAAUCUGGGGGGAUGGGAAUAAACUUGGUAGGGGCUUCAAGAUUGAUAUUAUUUGACAAUGACUGGAACCCAGCGACAGAUUUGCAGUCAAUGUCACGAAUUCAUAGAGAUGGUCAGGUGAAACCUUGUUUCAUUUAUAGAUUAUUCACCACGGGUUGCAUUGAUGAGAAAAUCUUUCAGCGACAAUUGGUCAAAAAUAAAUUGAGUUCAAAGUUUUUGGAUAAUGAUUCUUCUUCCAAAUCUGAUGUAUUUGACAGUGAAGAUUUGAAGAAUAUAUUUGAGAUAGAUACUUCUACAAUUUCCAACACUCAUGAUUUAUUAGAAUGUUCAUGUGAGGGUGAUGGUUCCACAUUAAGCCAGUCUACUCUUUCUUUCAAAGAGUCUGAGGAGCACGACAGUGAACCCCCUGCGACACAAGCAUGGGUUUCUGCAUUAGAACUUCAAAAAAAGCUUGAUAACAAUGAUGAUGCGGUGAAGAGAACUGCUGUGAAAUUUGCCUUGAACGAUUAUCGACACUACAAUCCUGAAGUGAAUCGUAACUUAGAAUUUGACUCUGCCCUACAAAGAAUUGCCAACAAUUCAAGUUAUAAAAACAAAAAAUUACCAAUUACUUUUAUAAUGCUGAGGAUAACCAAUCGAGAAUAA